CUGUGUUUCAGUUAAGCGCUCAACAGUUGGACUUGGAAUCCUGCAGUGCAACCAAUAGACACUAUAUCCCCUGUUGCAAACUUCCUAACCGACAGUUUAAAAUAUUUGGGAACCGAACUUAUGCUCGGAAGUGAGAAUAAGCGACGAUUACUCAAGUAUCCUAUCCUCUUAUCACGUUGUGUACCCGAGGCUUCACUGUAUGCCAAGUGUGUUGCUCUUCAAGAGGACGUCCGAAAGCUCGUGUGUGAUCAGGAAUUUCAGCGUCUCAAACUGUGUUUAGAAAAGAGGGCUCGAGAGCUCAAUACGAAGCUUUAGACUUGUUUAUCAUGUCGUGUGGAGAUAAAAAUAAACCGAGUGAUUCUGCUCAUGUCAGUCUGUUCCCUUCUCCACCGUGGCAACUAGUCACUAAACACCAUUCACCGUCUUCUGAAUCGCCAGUCCGGCCACCUACUCCACCGGGCACCAAUGUCUAUCGCAUGUUUGGUAACCUUUACAAUUUGGAUGAUGCCAUUCUUCGUUCGUUGGAAUCUCAAGGAGUGCGUCGGGUCUAUCCCCAGACCUACAAUCGCAAACGGGAACUGCGAAAGAUCAACUUUUCCAUCCUAGCAAACUAUCUGGAUCUGCUGGACAUUAUAACACGGGACCCCAGUUCAACCAAGCGCACGGAACGCCUGGACAACUUGGCAGUGUUAUUUAUCAAUAUGCAUCAUCUUGUUAACGAGUAUCGACAACAUCAGGCACGUGAUCUGCUCCGGGAAAUUUUGAAGUACCAAGUCACCGUUGCUUCGCAAACUGUGGAAAAGGCGGAACAGUACAUGACCCGUGCCGAUGAAAUCUUACGUAAUGCGGGCUGUGACCUAGUUUUACCGAACCAGUCCUCCGGACUACCAACGAAUGUGCCCUCCACACUGCCCACAAAUUACAUCGACACGGUACGAAGCGGACUGAGCGAUCUCGGGCCCAGUCUCGCUCCCCUACUGCAAACCGUCCUCGAUGAAACAAUGGGAGUCGAUCCCACAGGCCGACGUGGUUCGCUUCCAUCGACACAGCGUGGUGGUAUUUCUUUGUUGGAACAGAGGCUUUGUGAGAACUCAAAGCCCAGCUCCACCGAAGAAUACGAGUUGGCUGAGCAUUUAGACCCGAUUUUGUGGCGUUUUCUAACUUUGUCAAAAUUAGGAGAUCCAAGCCAGGAUGACUUUUCAAUGGAUGUAUAACUUCUCGAGAGCAUUUUUGACCGAACUCGCUUCCAAUUAAUUGCUUCUCUACUUGCAUCCAGUCGAAAUAAAUGUUGAACUAUCAAUGACUUGGUGUUGUCGUUUCG